AUGAUCACGAACAGUAAUGAAAAAAUUGAUGGUGAUCGAAUUGAUGAAGACAAGAAAACUACGACAGAUACAAGGAGUAACGUUUCUACGAAGAGCCUGAUACCCACUUCGGAUGACCAAAUUUCAAAGCACCACACUGAGAGUAUGUCAAUUGAAAAUAAUAAUCAAGUGGAAUCGCAAGGUUUGGAGUUUGAUGAUACAUCUGAAGAGACAGUAGAAACUGAAACUACAGCAUCAGAUGAGGAUGAGGAAGAGGAUGAUGAUAAUAGUAAUGAUGAUAGUGAGGAUGAUGACAGUGAUGAUGACGAGGACGAGGAUGAGCCACCAAGGCUGAAAUAUACUAGAGUUUCAGAUCUACCCUCGCGUUUAUUUGAUAAAGACCCUGUAUCAGCAUGCUGUUUCAAUACGAAUGCGUUCAUCUUUGCGACACAUUCCGGGAUCAUCCAUUUAUGCCAGCCCGAUUUCACACCAAUCAGAACAUUUAAAGUACACAUGGCGUCUAUUCUUUCAUUAGACUGCGAUGGUGAAUAUUUUGCGUCUGGUUCAAUGGACGGAUCUGUAGUUAUUGGCUCAAUUCAGAAUGCGGAUGAUAUGACACGGUUUGACUUUAAAAGACCAAUAUACGCAGUGGCACUUGAUAAAAAAUACAAAUCAUCGGGAUCAUUUUACACGGGUGGAACUGGGGGACAGCUAAUACGCCAUCACAGGGGUUGGCUAGGACAAAGGGAAGACACUGUAUUGAGCAAAGAUCAGAGUGGUCCAAUUACCCUUAUCAAAAUAUUUAAUGGGCUCAUCCUUUGGACGAAUGAUAGUGGUAUACAUAUUAUUCAUGCAGGAUCCAAAUCUAUGGCCUUGGAUGUGCCUAUACCGCCAGAUUUUCCUAAUCCGGCCGUUUACUGGCCCAGAAUUCACAUUAUUGAUAAAAGCCAUGCUUUGCUCGCGUGGUAUAAUUACAUUUGGCAGUUUAAGGUGACACCAGAAAUCAGAAGCCAGGCUUCAAAGAUUCUGUCAUCGGCGGCCUCAAGUUUUAUAACCACGUCCUUGGAAGCCAGUAUAGAGAUUGAAUGGGAAAAGGCUUUGGAUGACAUACAGGUAGCAGGCAUAGCAGAAGCAGGUGGUGAUUUAAUGGUGUUGAACUACGUACCACCUGAAGAAAGCGACAGCUCCCAAAGCUCGAAAAGAAAGCUUGUUGGCCAACCUUCUGAGUUGGCUUUACUACAAAGUUAUUCUCUUGAAGAAAUAUCCGUGGAUGUUGUGGCUAUGCACAACUACCAGACUCUUGGUUUCAACGAUUAUCAUAUUUAUGAGUAUGCACCCGCUGCAAAAGAUCCGUAUUGGUUCCUCGUCUCGGCAAAUGAUGCAAUUAUGGUGCAAGAAUGCACCGUCCAGGAUCAACUAAAAUGGUAUUAUAUGAAGGGGAGAUAUUUGGAGGCAUGGAAAGUGGGGUCAAGACUUCUCAAUCAAGAGGAAUUGUUAGAUAUUGGUUUGAAACAGGCCAAUAAAUUUGCUUCCGAGGAUGACUGGGAGUCAGCGGCCUCGUUUCUUUCUAAAAUUCUUAAACUUAACCCUGAACAUGAUUCGCAAUCAUAUAUUGACCGGAUUUAUCAGGAAUGGAAUAACUGGAUUGAUUUAUUUUUCAAAAGCAUGCACAUUGGGUUACUUGUGGAUGAAAUACCAUGUAGCCAUGAUUCUCAAAUAAACCAGCAAAUUUAUGAUGAUAUAUUAAGUUAUUACCUUGAACAGGAAGAUUAUCAAAAGUUGUCCGAUAUUGUUUCGAAAUGGGAUGAGAAUCUUUUUGAUAGAGAGAAACUUGUCAAACUAAUUGCUGAGAAGCUUAAGCAGUACGAUGAAGAGCAUCCAUUAACAUCAAUAAAGUCGAAUAGUACACCGAAGGAUGACAAAAUAGUACCUUUGAGGAGAAUGUACGUUGAUUUACUUUUGAAACUUGAUGAGAUACAGCCAUGCAUUCCACAGUUAAUUCGUCUACAAGACAAAGAUGUCCUAAUUUUUGCGAAUGAUCACCAUAUAUUAGAACAGAAUAUUGCAAUGCUACCCGAUAUUUUCUCAUCCCUUGUUGGAAAUCAAGAAGUUAACGGGAAAAAUGUUUCAGAUAUAAGGAAUAUUAUAGAACAGGAUAUCACAAUAUUGGUUGAGAACAGGCAUGAAAUUGUUCCCAGUAGAGUGAUAGACGUGUUUUCCAAAGCUGAUAUGGAAUAUGUGAACUAUUUAUACCUCGAAUCCCUUGGAAGAGAGGAUAAAUUACUGAUCAAAGGCUUUGAAGACAAAAUUGUCGAGCUAUAUGCAAUCUAUAACAAAGGACUCCUUUUAGACUUUUUGACAAGACAUGAAAAUUAUUCAAUUGAACAGGCCAUCUUUGUUUGUGAGAAAUAUCACUGUAUAAGAGGCUGGGCAUACUUAUUGAACAAGGCUGGGGAGAAAAAGAAGGCAUUAACAUUAAUCAUCGACGAGCUGGAUGAUCCAGAGACAGCAAUUCAGUUUGCAGAGUCAGCAGAUGAUAAAGAGCUUUGGGAUUUUCUCCUUGAUUACUCGAUGAAUAAGCCGGAUUUCAUCACUGCGCUUCUUGAUACAGUUGGUGAGCUCACGGAUCCAAUUCCUGUUGUCAGCAGGAUUACUGAAGGUGUUGAAAUUAGAGGACUAAAGCACUCACUUGUUAAUAUUCUUAAGGACGUAUCUACUGACGAGAUGAUAUAUCAGUUGAUUCUAAAGAUAAUCACAAGCGAAGCAUCCUCAGUUUUGAGUCAGAGUUUAAGCUUAAGAUUGGAAGGUCAUACCUAUCCGCAAUUAGGUAGUCAUACUAAAUUUCAUGGUGAGGCACUAAUUCAACUUCCAGAGUGUGCGAACACGCAAGAGCUAAUUCAGGAGAGUGAAAUAGUGGGAAAAGACGAUAUAAAUGUACAAAAGUCGGAAAGUGUUCCGUCAAAGAUACAGCAUGCCAAAUACAUUAGCCAAUUUUUAGUGCGAUUCAUGAAGCAAAGGAAUGAAUGA